AUGGCACUUCGAACACUGUCUGCCAAAAGCGCAGCCGCGCUGGAUCAAGAGGUCAUGUCGACUGGCGCGUUCUCCAUUGAUCAAUUGAUGGAACUCGCUGGCCUUUCGGUCUCACAGGCAGUCUUCAGACUACAGCCAUUGCAAAAAGGCAAGCGGAUCCUAGUAGCCUGUGGUCCUGGCAACAAUGGCGGCGACGGACUAGUUGCAGCUCGUCACUUGUUCCACUAUGGCUACCAACCCACAAUCUACUAUCCCAAGCAAAGCAAGAACGAGCUGUAUCAGCGCUUGAAGAAGCAACUCGAAGAUCUCAAGGUGCCCUUCACCGACGACUUCCCCUCCGCCCUCCAGCAAACCGAUCACAUCGUCGACGCCAUUUUCGGCUUCUCCUUCUCCGGCGAGGUCCGCGAGCCAUUUCCGAGAGUGAUUGAAGCACUGGCCUCUACGUCUGUUCCCGUGCUUGCCGUCGAUGCGCCAUCGUCGUGGGAUAUCGAGCAUGGGCCACGAGACGCGGGGCCAGGCAAGGGGUUCAUGCCACCAGCCCUCAUCAGCUUGACAGCACCAAAGCCAUUGGUCAAGUGGUUCAAAGGCAGGCACUUUGUAGGAGGCAGGUUCUUGAGUGCAGCCGUGGCGGAGAAGUAUGGAAUUGAUGUCCUAAAGUACGAAGGCUUGGAUCAGGUGGUUGAGGUACCCGUGGAGGGUGGUAAGCUGUGA